AAAACAACACGAACAGGCUUCCUAGCUGGGUGACUAGCUAGCUAGCUUUUUAGUUUAUUAACACUAGCUGAUAGAUAUUCCUCGUAGAUAAGUGACCGAUGAAGUAGUUCGUCCUAUAUGUGUCAUCGAUCAAUGAUUGCUAUGGUGUUUAUAGACCACUUAAUAAUAGUAGCAUAGGCAGUGUUUCUUUAGAUCGGUAGCGUCAUGUUUACAUCAGCUAGCUAGCUCUUCUGCUAGCGGCUAGCAUACUGGAUAGGCACUUAGGUUAGCUAGCUACAUUAGCAACAAAAAUGGCUCUGGCUGUAACAUUUGCUGACAUUGUCGGCCGUAGUGACAACGUGUGCUGCAAAAUUCAUAACGUUACUCUUCACGGAUUUCCACAUUGAUUAGCAACGUUGCUUCAUUUUUGUAAAAGCAACUGAAAGCAUCUACAUGCUGGCGGUAACACCACAGAGACACUCUACCUAGAAAUCUAGCUAACGUUAGUCCAGAAAACAAACAGCUGUUUUACAUGUUGCUAUGCAAGGAUGAAACAUUAAUCGGCCAGUUAUAUUUGCACAUAAUACCACGGUAGAUCAUAUGCUGUAGUCUUUGCACAUGUUUUUUUCCGUGUGAGGAUGUUUGUGUCUGUGUUAUGUUAAUUUGGUGCAAGUGUUUCCUCUGAUGGAUAAUUGAAAGGUUGUGAUACUACCCCAGAAUUAGCCGCAUUCGCUAGCCAACCGAACAACUGGGCUAAUGACACAGGCAUGGCCUUGUUUGUUUGCUCACCAGUCUUCUUGAUUAGGCCUAUCCAUCUUUGCCAUUGUGGUGUUGGUUUAGUUCUGUAGUCUGUUUUGAUUAAGUUCUACCUCUCACAAUGAAGAGUUUAAAUCAUUGCGCAAGAAGUAGGCCUAGCAGCUACAUGAUUGAAAUCACAACGUUCCCCAUUUUGGUGAGGUGUCUUAGAAAUGUAAAUAUUAACCUGUUGACUGUAAUUCAUUAUGGAUACACCUGGCAUAGGGUGAAAUUGGUGAGCAAGUUCGAGUCGGUCCUGCUCCUCAAUUAUUUUGAGCUUUGCUCUAAGAAGAGAGUCCGCUGGCUUCAGGCUCGACGCAUCCUCACCCAACCUUGCCCCAGCCUGCGGAUCCCUAACAGGUUUUUGAGAGAAGGCCACCGUGCCCCUCCCGCCCGAAGUGGCCACCGCUGCGUGGCAGACCAGAGCAACCUGUACGUCUUCGGUGGCUACAACCCGGACUACGACGAGUCGGGCGGCUCGGAGAACGAUGACUACCCGCUCUUCCGUGAGCUGUGGAGGUACCACUUCGCCACGGGCACCUGGCAGCAGAUCCACACCGAGGGCUACAUGCCCACUGAGCUGGCCUCCAUGUCCGCCGUCUUGCACGGAAACAACCUGUUGGUGUUCGGCGGCACAGGGAUUCCAUUUGGUGAAAACAACGGAAACGACGUUCACGUCUGCAACGUGAAGUACAAACGAUGGUCGCUGCUAAACUGUAGGGGGAAGAAACCAAACCGAAUCUAUGGACAGGCGAUGGUCAUCAUAAACGGCUUCCUGUACGUGUUUGGGGGAACGACGGGCUACAUCUACAGCACAGACCUCCACCGGCUGGACCUGACGACCCGCGAGUGGAUCCACCUCAAGCCCAACAACCCCCCCGACGAUCUCCCUGAGGAGAGAUACAGGCAUGAAAUAGCACACGACGGACAGAGGAUAUACAUCCUGGGAGGUGGAACCUCCUGGACUUCCUACCCUUUAGACAAAAUACAUGCAUACAACUUGGAGACUAACUCCUGGGAAGAAAUCGUUACGAAACCUCAGGAAAGAAUAGGUUAUCCUGCUCCAAGGAGGUGUCACAGCUGUGUACAGAUUAAGAGUGAUGUGUUCAUAUGUGGGGGCUACAAUGGCGAGACAAUCCAGGACGACCUGUGGAAGAUCAGCCUGCAGACAUUCCAGUGGACCAAGCUCCCCGCCAUGAUGCCAGAGCCUGCGUACUUCCACUGUGCUGCGGUCACGCCGGCGGGUUGUAUGUACAUCCACGGUGGUGUGGUCAACAUCUACGAGAACCGGCGAACCGGCUCGCUCUUCAAGAUCUGGCUGGUGGUGCCCAGCCUGCUGGAGCUGUGCUGGGAGCGGCUGCUCAAGGCCUUCCCCCACCUGCCGCACCUGUCCACCAUGCAGCUGCUCAACCUGGGCCUCACGCAAGAACUGAUCGAGCGGCUGAAAUGACGCACGGCGCAGCCAGACGCCAGGGCCCUCGGAGCGGCCAGGGGACAGGACUGAGACGGACGAGAGAGGAUUGGUACAGAGCGAGGACGACGGACUGGACAGUGAGCACAGGAUUUAGGUUAUUUGUUUGUUUGUUUUGUUUGUUUGUUUGUUUUUUAAGAGACUUCACUCUCUCCACGAUGCUCCCUCUGCCCCGGACCCUCUAGUGAGGAGGCGCACUGCAAACGUAGCCGCCUUAAAACCAAAUGAACUAUGGGAUGCCUUUUGUUUUCAUCGCCCAUUCUUCCUUUUUUUCUGCCGUUUGCAGAAUUUUUUUUUCUUCUUUUUUUUUAAUUCAAACUAUAGCUGAAGAGGAAUGUUUCAAGUGCUCAGAAUUUUCUUCUUGCCCGUGGAUUUGUUUUACCCCCUUUGGCUUCUGACCAGCGUGCCCGGCUCCUGUCCUGACACAGGCCUGGACGGCAAUACUUUGGUUCACACUUUUUAUUACUCAUUUUUAACUCGUUUUGUUUUUUUUCUUUCUCUCUCUCUUUUCUUCCUUUGUUUUGGUGGAUAUACGGAUGCUUAUGCCAGCUGAAGCGGCAUGCGCCAUCAGAACUCACGUUUUGUUCGGGUGUCCUUGCUCAUCUGGCCAAGAUGGGCUGGAGUGAGAUUAUUAUUGUUUCUUUUAAGACUAAUGCUGUUUGAAAGAAUGUUUGAAAGGGUUUCAUGAUUUCCGUUCAACCAGCUGGCUCACGUUGUGUGGGGGGGAAUAUCAUAACCACAGAGUAGCUGUUUUUCCUAACACCCAAAUGGAAGGCCUUAAUUCUGCUUGAUGAUUCUGGUGCAUGUUUAAGUGGAUGGAGCUCAGUGAUUGAAGAACUAGCCUACAGUUGCUCUCUUUUAAAGUCUGCUGUCACAGACGCCAACCCUGACUAAAUUUUGGGUCAGUUUUUUUUUGUUUUUUUCCACCUGAGUUCAACCAGACAUACGCAGUCCCUAUAAAUGGCUGUGUUGCUUUUAACAAUAUCAGACACUGUUCGUUAUCCCAUUUUUGGUUCAGUUUUUCUCCUUUACAAACAGCCCUGUACAGUUGUCAUGUAAACCAAAUGUUACAUCACUGUGAAUAUGGUGCUUCUGAGGUGUUUUUUUUUUUCCUUCUUAAAUUAUUGAAUUCAAAUAAACGUGCUCCCUGCCAUGUUGCAAAUUGAACCCAUCCCAUCCCCAACCCGCCCUGUGCCAUUUUUAAUAAUCAUUUAGAGCCCUGAAACUACACGACUGACAUACUUUAAACUGAUGCCGUGCCUUUUCCUCCCCCCAAGUAAAGUUUUAAUUGUUUUGCUAAAUGAGAGGUUUAAUUUAUAUGUCUGGAAGGUGUUGACACUGAGCCUGAAAAGUAGCACUUUAUUGCUUGUGUCCGUCGUUCAGAAUCACACCUCCUGGGAGCAUAGUGUGUUAACAGGGGGAAUAAAAUAACUUACUUCAUUAAAAGACAAGACUGAGAGAGGUGUGGCCUAUGCCACUCUAACAGAGCAUCCUGUUAAAGUCAUGGCUUUCUAUUUCAUUUGUGUCUUCAGUGAGUUAUUUUUCUGUAAAUCUCUGCCUGUAUGGAUUUACAUUUGCACUUUUUAAAAAAACCUUAUCAGGUUUGGCAGAUGGAAUGCUGUGUGUCCAUGGAUGAUGAAAAAGCAACAAUAAUGUAGCUGGAUGUCAUUGUGCUGCUGCUCCAGUGAAGUAGUUCACCUGCUGCCCUUGGAAAAAAAUAAAAAAUAAAGAAAUGCUGAAGUCACUAUGGAGGAAGACCCAACGCUGUAGUGAAGCAGUACUGUACACAAUGCCAAAUAUCACAGCACCUUGAGUUCAAUAUGAUUGGCCUUGUAGCGUUCUUACUUUUUGUUUCCUGAUACUGUGGAACUGACAACUGUCGGUUGGAACACCAGCUCUGUGUGAAAUGUGAAGUGGAAAGGCUGGGGAAAGGGUGUCUGGCAUCUAGGAACUCUGUUGCACUCCACCCUGAUGCAAUGCCUCUAUAUCCUACCAGCCCUGGACAGAACUUGGUGCUGGCCCUUGUCCCUGGAACUCAUCUGGACAUUCUGAAGAAGGCUGUUGUUGAUUGUGGAGGGACAGCACAAACAGAAAUCUUCAAUUGAAACCAGACCAGGCUGUCGGUGAUUUGGCGUUAGCCCUCAGGAAGAGGUCUCUUUGAAACAGCAGCGGGGUGCGUACAUACGUAUCUAAAUCUGCCCACCCAACCUUUUCACUUCUUUCUAUCCACCCAGUAUGCAGUUUCUUUUUUUUUUUUCUCUGGCUGCAUGAUGAGAGCAUUGUGUGCAUGAAGUUGGGACUUUUUUUUUUCUCUUUGGCAGAGUGGAAGAUAAGACACCCCUCUCUUCAGACUUGGAUCCCUGUUGUGCAGUGAAAAUGGGUUGAAGGCUGUCACCGAUUCUCUGUAAAUGUGUACCUGUUUUGUGUUUUCAUUGUUGGAAGAAUCAAUAAAGUCCUUCAAUACAUCUA